GGGGCGGGGACUUUUAAAUGUUAAACUAAAAACAAUUCUAAUUCUCCCCACGCUUAACUAAAAUGUUACAAUAAUCUGGGGGGCGCGGGGCGGACGACACAAAUGUAAGAAGAUACAAUUUUAUUUAGAGGAAUACAAAUUUUAAAUGUGUUUGUGUGUGUAAAAUUUGGCUUAAACUGCAUAAAAAACACGUUGAGGUCGGUGUAUAAGUGUGGUACACUAGGAGUGCCUUUGUUACUUGACACGUUAAUCGUUAGCGCGGAUUUUUCCUCAAGACUUGUGAGAGAGAGCAAGAAAGAAAGAAAGAGUCUUUUGUUAGUUGAAUUUUUCAACGUUUUAUUUUGUUUUAACAACAAAACAACAACAACAAAAACCAUCACAUUUCCUCACCGCCGCACCAAUGGAGCUACUCCUGUUCGCCCUUCUGUUGGUCACCGUCGUCAGGUCUUCUGCCAAAGGGCUGAACUGCCUGGACCCUCAACUGGCGUGCAUGAACGGGGGCCGCUGCGUCACGAGGCAGACCAACGCCACCGGAGCCUGCGUGUGCCGCUCGGGCUACGUGGGCGAGCGCUGCCAGCACGAGGACCCGUGCCGCAGCUCGCCGUGCCUCAGCGGUGGCUCGUGCCGCCCCGUGCUGAUGUCGCGUGCCGUCUCCUACCUGUGCACGUGCCCGCUGGGCUUCGCGGGGCCCCGCUGCGCCUCGCCCGUCGAGAGCGCCUGCUCCGGCUCUCCCUGCCUCAACGGCGGGCGCUGCCAGCUGCUGACGCUCGCCACCUUCGACUGCCAGUGCCCCGUCGGCUGGGCCGGGGAGCUGUGUCAGCGGCCCGAGCCGUGCGCCUCCGCCCCCUGCGCCCACGGCGGAUCGUGCACGGCGCUGGCGUCCCAGUACCGGUGCUCGUGCGCGCCCGGCUACCGCGGCGCCGAAUGCCGCGCCGACGUCGACGAGUGCUCCGGGCCCGGCAAGCCGUGCCGCAACGGCGGGACCUGCGUCAACACCAUCGGCUCCUACGUGUGCCAGUGCCGCGCGGGCUACGGGGGGCGCGCCUGCGACAGCGCCCACGUGCCUUGCUCGCCCUCGCCGUGCCUCAACGGGGGCACCUGCCGACAGCCCACGGACGAGACCUACGACUGCACCUGCCUGCCAGGCUUCCUGGGCCUGCACUGCGAUGUCAACGUGGACGACUGCCAAUCCAACAACUGCCAGAACGGCGCCACCUGCGUCGAUGGCGUCAACACCUACAACUGUCACUGCCCCGAGGAGUGGACCGGCCAGUACUGCACGGAGGACGUGGACGAGUGCCACCUGCAGCCCAACGCGUGCCUCAACGGGGGCACGUGCCACAACACGCACGGCGGCUACAACUGCGUGUGCGUCAACGGCUGGAGCGGCGAUGACUGCAGCGAGAACAUCGAUGACUGCGCCAACGCCGCGUGCUACAACGGCGCCACGUGCCACGACCGCGUCGCAAACUUCUUCUGCGAGUGUCCCAUCGGCAAGACCGGCCUCCUGUGCCACCUGGACGACGCGUGCGUGAGCAACCCGUGCCACGAGGGGGCUCUGUGCGACACCAACCCCAUCACGGGCAAGGCCAUCUGCACGUGCCCGCCCGGCUUCUCCGGCGGGGCCUGCAAGCAGGACAUCGACGAGUGCUCCAUCGGAGGGAACCCGUGUGAGCACGGCGGGCGCUGCAUCAACACGAUGGGCUCUUUCCGCUGCCACUGCCUGGGCGGCUACACGGGCGCCCGCUGCGAGAUCGACGUCAACGAGUGCCAGUCGAUGCCCUGCCAGAACGACGCCACCUGCCUCGACCAAAUCGGAGAGUUCACCUGCAUCUGCAUGCCCGGCUUUAUGGGAGCCUUCUGCCAGAUCAACAUCGACGAGUGCCAGAGCAAUCCGUGCCUGAACAAGGGCGUGUGCACGGACAAGCCCAACGGGUACCACUGCGACUGUCGCUCAGGUUUCACGGGCAGCAUGUGCCAGAUGGACAUCGACGAGUGUGCCAGCACGCCCUGCCUCAACGGGGCAAAGUGCAUCGACCUGCCCAACAUGUUCGACUGCGACUGCCCCGAAGGCUUCGAGGGCGAGCUGUGCGAGGUGAACGUCAACGACUGCGACCCGGACCCGUGCCACCACGGGCGCUGCCAGGACGCCGUGGCCGGCUUCACGUGCGCCUGCCUGCCGGGCUACAUGGGGCCUCGGUGCGAGAAGCAGGUGAACGAGUGCCUGAGCAACCCUUGCCAGCACGAGGGCAAGUGCGUGGACCUCGUCAACGGAUACCAGUGCACGUGCCAGCCCGGCACGGGAGGCACCAACUGCGAGACGAACUACGACGACUGUGCGAGCAGCUCGUGUGACUACGGCGUGUGCAAGGACGGCAUCAACAGCUACGAGUGCGUGUGCCAGCCCGGCUACACAGGCCCCGCGUGCACCAUCGACGUGGACGAGUGUGCCUCGUCGCCGUGCCACAACGGCGGCACGUGUCGCGACGGCGUCGACGGCUUCACCUGCGCCUGCCCCGACGGCUUCCAGGAGCCGGCGUGCAUCGAGGAGCUGGACGAGUGUGCCAGCAGCCCGUGCACGCACGGCGGAUGCCUUGACGAUCGCAACGGGUAUCGGUGCGUGUGUGACCCGGGCUGGAUCGGGAGGAACUGCGACGUGGAGAGGGAUGAAUGUGCGUCCGGUCCGUGUCUCAACGGGGCGACGUGCUACGAUCAGCUCAACGCCUACACCUGCAUCUGUCGCGCGGGCUUCCGCGGCAACAACUGCCAGAUCAACGUCAACGAGUGCCAGUCCAACCCCUGCCUCAACCGCGGGAUUUGCCACGACGGCAUCUCAAGCUACACGUGCCAGUGCAACUUGCCCUACACCGGGCGCAACUGCGAGACGGUGCUGGCCCCUUGCUCCGGGACUCCGUGCCGGAAUGGUGGCAGCUGCCGGGAAUUGCCAGACUUCUCCGACUUUGCCUGCUCUUGUCCAAGCGGGUGGCAGGGCCGGUCGUGCGACGUGGACGUGGAUGAGUGCGUGUCCGACCGCUGCCGCAACGGCGGAGUGUGCCGGAACUCGCUGGGCGGCUUCUCGUGCGAGUGCCAGCCCGGCUACACCGGCCACAGCUGCCAGGUGGAUGUGGACGACUGCUUGCCCGCUCCGUGUCAGAACGGCGGCACGUGUUGGGACGGCGUCAACGCGUUCUCGUGCGUGUGCCGCGCUGGGUUCGCGGGGCGCCAGUGCCAGCACGAGGUGGACGAGUGUGCCAGCGCGCCGUGCCUCAACGGGGGCAACUGCACCGACUACGUGAACAGCUACACCUGCAAGUGCCGGCCCGGCUUCAACGGCAUCCACUGCGAGAACAACGUGCCCGACUGCACCGAGAGCUCCUGCUUCAACGGCGGCUCGUGCGUGGACGGCAUCAGCAGCUACAGCUGCACGUGCCGCGCCGGCUACAGCGGCGCCAACUGCCAGUACGACAUCAACGAGUGCGACUCGCAGCCGUGCGUCAACGGCGCCACCUGCCUCGACGGGCUGGGCUCGUACAAGUGCACGUGCCCACACGGAUACACGGGCAACAACUGCCAGAGCCUGGUGGACUGGUGCGUGGCAGCGCCGUGCAAGAACGGCGGCACGUGCUCGCAGUCGGCCACCGCCUUCCGUUGCGAGUGCCCCAGCGGCUGGACGGGCCUCUACUGCGACGUGCCCAACGUCUCCUGCGAAGUGGCCGCCCUCCGAUUCGGCGUGUCGGUGGCGCGGCUCUGCCAGCACAGCGGCAGCUGCAUGAACGUGGGCAACAGCCACACGUGCCACUGCCAGGCCGGCUUCACGGGCAGCUACUGCGAGGAGGAGGUGGAUGAGUGCGAGUCCAACCCCUGCCAGAACGGGGCGACCUGCAACGACUACCUGGGUGGCUUCUCGUGCGAGUGUGUGCCAGGGUAUCACGGCGUGAACUGCGAAAAGGAGAUUAACGAGUGCCAGUCGCAGCCCUGCGAGAAUGGAGGAACGUGCAUCGACCUGGUCAACAGAUACAUCUGCUCAUGUCCCCCUGGCACAGAGGGCGUGCGUUGCGAGAUCAACCGCAACGACUGCCUGCCGAGCGUGGACCCGGUGACGCUGGAACCUCGCUGCUUCAACGGCGGCUCGUGCGAGGACCGCGUCGGGGGCUACGCGUGCUCGUGCGCGCCCGGCUUCGUGGGCGAGCGUUGCGAGGGCGACGUCAACGAGUGCCUCUCCAACCCGUGCCAGCCGCCCGGCACUCUGGACUGCGUGCAGCUCGUCAACGACUACAAGUGCCGCUGCCGGCCCGGCUAUUCCGGGCGGCACUGCGAGAACAUCGUGGACACGUGCCAGUCCCAGCCGUGCAAGAACGGCGGCGCGUGCAUGGUCACCAUCAACACGCCGCACGGCUUCAUCUGCAAGUGUCCGCAGGGUUACCAUGGCUACACGUGCGAGAACAGCUCCUACACCUGCGGCAACCUCACCUGCCUCAACGGCGGGUUCUGCGUCCAGGGCCCCGUCCUGGGGGCCCACUGCUUCUGCCCCGCCAAACACACGGGGCCCGAGUGCCAGUUCCCCGCCGACUCGCCCUGCCUCAACAAGCCGUGCUACAACGGCGGGGCGUGCGAGCCGCACGACGCCAAGCCAUUCUUCCGCUGCCGCUGCCCGCAGCGCUUCAACGGCCUGCGCUGCCACUUCCUCGACCCGGGCUUCUCCGGGGGCGUCGGGCAGGACGUGACGCCGCCGCCCACCUCCGUGCUGGAGGAGAGCUGCACGCAGGCCGAGUGUCGCAGCAAGGCGGGCGACCGCUACUGCGACCUCGAGUGCAACGUCCACGCGUGCGGCUGGGACGGCGGCGACUGCUCGCUCAACUUCGACGACCCGUGGCGCAACUGCACGAGCUCGCUGCAGUGCUGGCGCUACUUCGGCGACGGCAAGUGCGACGAGCAGUGCGCCGGCGCCGAGUGCCUCUACGACGACUUCGACUGCAAGGAGAAGAAGACCGCCAAGCAGUGCAACCCGCUCUACGACCAGUACUGCCGCGACCACUUCUCCGACAAGCACUGCGACCAGGGCUGCAACACGGAGGAGUGCGGCUGGGACGGCGGGGACUGCGUGAUCGCCACUCCGCCGCGUUUGGCUCGCGACUCCCUCGUCCUCGUCGUGCUGCUGCCGCCCGAGCACAUCUUGAACGACUCGGUCAACUUCCUGCGCCGCCUGGGCUCCAUCCUCCACACGGGCGUGCGCUUCAAGCGCGACGCCACCGGCGCCGAGAUGAUCUUCCCCUACUACGAGGAGUACGGCGGCGGCGCCGGCGGCGGCGGAGGAGGAGGAGGAGGAGCGGCGGCGGCGCUGAGGAGGGCGGUGAGGUCGCUCGUGGUGCUGCCGAGGUCUGUCCGGGAGAUCGACCGUGAAGUGUUGGGGUCCAUCGUGCACCUGGAGAUCGACAACCGCUUCUGCAUGAAGCCCAACGAGGAGUGCUUCUCGAGCUCAGCGGACGCGGCGGCGUACCUGGCGGCGCAGGCCGUGCACCACUCGCUCGACUUCCCAUACCCCCUGCAGACGGUCGAAAUACUGAACGAGCGCCCAGACCCCGGCUUCAACCCGCUCUACGCCGUGGGCAUGGCCGUGGCCGCUUUGGCCGUGCUCGUCAUCGGCAUGGGGGUGCUCAUCAAGGGCAAGCGGCGCCGGGAGCACGGCACGCUGUGGUUCCCCGAGGGGCUGGUGCUCACCUCCAAGGAGGGCGGCUCGGGCAGCAAGAAGCGGAGAGAGCCUGUCGGGCAGGACGCGCUGGGCCUCAAACACCUGAAGCACGCGGAGGGGCUGAUGGACGACAAUCAGAACGAACACUGGCUGAGCGACGACGGAAUUCCGCCGAGCAAGCGCCUCCACGCCGAGGAACAGGCCAUGCUGGCUGGGGGGCCCCGCGUGGCCGACCCCGUCGACCCGAGGCCCUGGACCCUGCAGCACCUGGAGGCGGCCGACAUCCGCAUGCCGCCCGCGCUCGCCCUCACGCCACAGGGCGACCUCGACUCGGAUUGCAUGGACGUGAACGUGCGAGGGCCCGACGGAUUCACGCCGCUCAUGCUGGCGUCAUUCAGGGGCGGGGGCCUGGAUUCUGGCGCCCCAGACGAAGACGAGCAGUCCCUGCUGCUCCUGCAACAGCAACAGCAGCAGCAGCAGCAGCGCUACGACGAACCGGUGGAAGAGGGCGGCGCAUCAGCCAGCGUCAUCACCGAUCUCAUCUUCCAGGGCGCGUCGCUGCAGGCCCAGACGGACCGCACGGGGGAGACGGCGCUGCACCUGGCCGCUCGCUACGCCCGCGCCGACGCCGCCAAGCGUCUCCUCGACGCCGGCGCCGACGCCAACAUCCCGGACAACAUGGGGCGCACGCCGCUGCACGCCGCCGUCGCGGCCGACGCGCAGGGCGUGUUCCAGAUCCUGAUCCGCAACCGGGCGACGGACCUGGACGCACGCAUGCAGGAUGGUACGACCGCCAUGGUGCUGGCGGCACGUCUCGCCGUCGAGGGCAUGGUGGAGGAGCUGGUGAACAGCCACGCCGAUGUCAACGCCGUCGAUGACCACGGCAAGUCGGCGCUGCACUGGGCUGCUGCCGUGAACAACGUCGAGGCGACGCUCAUUCUGCUCAAGAAUGGCGCCAACAAGGACAUGCAGGACUGCAAGGAGGAGACGCCCCUCUUCCUGGCGGCACGGGAGGGCAGCUUCGAGGCGGCGCGCCUCCUGCUGGAGCACCACGCCAACCGCGAGAUCACCGACCACCUGGACCGGCUGCCUCGCGACAUCGCCCAGGAGCGGCACCACCACGACAUCGUCCGUCUGCUCGACGACUUCACCGGCGCCGCCGCCGCUGCCGCCGCCGCCGCGGCCGCCGCCGCCGCCCACAUGCGCAGCCCGGGCCUCAUGGUCGGGAGCGGCCAGGGCCCGCUCGGUUCGCCGUCGUCGGCGGCGCAGAUGUGCGGCGGGGGUGGGGCGGCCAUGGGCAUGGCUAUGGGAAUGGGCCUCGGCUUCCUGCCCAUGAAGCAGCAGAUGCAGCAGCAGCAGCAGACGCCGCAGGGGAAGAAGGCACGGAGGCCGAGCAGCAGCAAAGGGGGGACGCCCAGCGGCAAGGACGGCAAGGGCAAGAAGCUGAAAGGGAAACCGGACGGCAAAUCGCGCCCGCUGGUCUCUCUGGACGGCGUGCUGAGCCCUCCCCUCGAGUCGCUCGAGUCUCCCGCCGCCUCCUACUCGUCGGACAACAUGUCGCCCCCGCUGCUCACGCCGCCAGCCCUGCUGCACUCCUCGCCGCAGCAGCAGCUGCACGGCGCCGGCGCCGUCCUCCUGGCGGACGGCGGAGCCGGCGCGUCGCUCUACGACGGCCCGCGUCUCUCGCACCCGCCGCUCGGCCACCACCUCCACCUGCAGCACCAGCAGCAGCAGCAGUUGUUGCUGCAGGGCGCCGGCGCGGGGUACGACGGCAUGGGGGGCGUGGGUGGCGGCGAUUGGCUGAGCACCGUCCCUUCGAUCGCCAUGCAGCAGCAGCAGCAGCACCUGCAGCAUCACCACCUGCAGCAGCAGCAGCAACAGCAGCAGCAGCACAUGUUUGCACAGGCGACGGUCAUUCCUGGUAUGGCCGCGCGAUCCGCUCCGAGCCUGCAGCGCAUGCGUUCCAUUCCCGGCACCGGCAUCGCCAUGAUGCCUUGCCAGCAGGUCGGCCUGCAACAGCAGCAGCAACAGCAACAGCAGCAGCUGCAACAGCAGCAGCAGCAGCAACAGCAGCAGCAGCAGCAGCACCUCCAGCCGGUGGUGCAGCAACAGCACCAGAUUCAGCUGCAGCACCAGAUGCACAUGCACCAGCGGCAGCUGCAGUCGAUGCAGCAGCAGCAACAGCAGCUGCAGCAGCAGAUGGUGGCGCAGCAGCACCACCUGCAGGUGCUGCAGCGGCAACACAGCAGCCUGAGCACCGGCGGCAGCAACGGCGGCAACAACGGCGGCAACAACGGCGGUAACAUCGGCGCCGGCGGUAACUUUUGCAAGACGGAGCCCAGCCUCAUGCAACCGCAUAUGGGGCCCGACGCGGUCCUGUCGGCGGUGCCGGGGGCGGCCGGCGUUGGCACCGGCGGCGGCGGAUCGAUGGUGGACAAGUACCCAACUCCGCCGUCCCAGCACAGCUACGGGGGAUCUCCGCACGACGCCGGCAUCGGAGGUGGCUCCGGCGCGACCGGCGGCAACGGCGGCGGCAACGCGGGCGGAGGAGGAGGUGGAGGUUUGGCGUCGGCGCUCGGUUUUGCCGAUCUCGCCUACCUCACGCCGUCGCCGGACUCGCCGGAGGCGUGGUCGAGUUCCUCGCCCCGCUCCGCGUCCGAUUGGUCGGAGGGGAUCCAGAGCCCGCCCACCGAGCCAAUGGGCAUGGUCGGAGGGGCGGCCGCCGCCAUCAUGACCUAGCGGGGG